AUCCAGAGCCCAGGCCCUUAAUGAAGCUGGGGGUCAGCGGUGGCGUGCGGCUAAUUGGCCAAGUUUGCCCGGGGCUCCGGCAGCCUGUGAUUGAAGUGUCCAGCAAGCACCGACUGUGCAGUCACUGCUGCACCCUACUCUGUUUCGCUUCAACAGUCAAGACAGUCGUUGCACCCCUGUCGGCCUCUCCCUAAGAUGGCAAGCUGGGUCUCCAUCCUCCUCUUCCUCUUCUGGCUGUCAGUCUCUCAAGCCCAAGGGGGGAGUGGAAAAAUCCCCACUGUGGAAUUCAUCUCUGAAAGCCUGAUUAACAAUGUGGUCCAGGACCCACAGACUGGUCGCAUCUACCUGGGAGCAGUCAACAAUAUCUUCCAGCUGAGCCCGUCCCUCCAGAAGGAGGCCCGCACUGAGACGGGCCCAAAAAAAGAUGCCAAAACAUGUACACCUCCUGCUUCAGGCUGUCAGGACACAGUGCUCAUGCCCAACAGCAACAAGCUUCUGCUGGUCCACCCAUCCAAUGGUUCACUAAUAGUAUGUGGCAGUCGGUACAGAGGCAUAUGUUCCCUCCUCAACCUGUCUAAUGUAGAACAAGAGUUGUAUUACAAUGACAACAAAGGAGAGAGGACUUACGUGGCUAGCAUAGAGGAUAAUGUGAACGUGGUGAGCGUCAUGUCCAACUACACAAAAAAUGGCCGGACCUUCAAAGUGUUCCUUGUUGGAAAGGGCUAUGGAAGCCUGGACAGUACAAAACUAAUCAGCACACGAAUCCUUGAGGACUACCAGGACUGGGUUGUGUUUGAGAACAUCAUUGAGGCAUCAGCGGUACAGACGGCGCCAUUUGUCCUCAAGUACUUACACGACUUCCAACAUGCCUUCAAAGAGGAUGGUUUUGUGUAUUUCCUCUUUUCUCGGACUCUCGAUGGCACAGAUAACAAAAACUUGACUUUUGUGUCUCGUCUUUGUGAAAAUGACCAACAUUACUAUUCGUACACAGAGCUCCAGUUAACCUGCGGUAUAAAGAACCGGUACAACAAAGUCCAAGCUGCAUAUGUGGCUUUUCCAGGAAAAGAGCUGGCACGGGUCAUGUCUCAAUCUGGUAAUUAUGGGACGGUCACCUCAUUCACAAAAGUCCUCUUCAUGGUGGCUCAUCCAGAUGACGACGAAAGCGACUCUGCUCUCUGCAUGUACCCGCUGAACUCCAUCAAUCAGCAGCUGAUGGAUAUAAUCAGUGCAUGCUACAGUGACUCUGGGGAGAUUUCUGGGGUUCCUGCUGUGGACGUACCCUACUCAUCUCAAGCCUACACAGCAUGCACUUCAAAAAUUUCUAAGGAUGCAUUGGGAAACUUCAAGUGUGGUGCAGAGUAUUUGCUUUCGCCUCUGGCAAGCAAGCCAGCAUUUGCCUUAAAGUCAGAUGCAGCGUUGACCAUGUCGGUCCAUCUGACUGCUGUAACUGUUGCUGUGGAGAAUGACCACACGAUCGCCUUUUUGGGCAGCGCCAACGGAGAGGUCUUCAAGCCGUAA